AUUUCUGAACAGCAACAACUUAAAGAAUUUGUCCUCCGAUCAACUACCUGAAUAUUCAUAUUGGGUCAAUCAGUUAAGAUUUGAAAACCUAACCCUGGACUUCAACAAACUGGAGACUCUUCCUCCUGAUAUAUUCCAUCGUUUCAAUUUAUACGAUCUGUGGCUGGGAAACAACAACAUCAAAAAGUUACCUGAAAACUUGUUUGCGGGGCAGGAUAAGCUAAAAUAUCUGCGGUUGAGCGGCAAUCAGCUAGAAAAGCUAUCACGUGAAAUAUUUCUUGAAUUGUCUGCCUUGGAAGAAUUGGACUUGUCCUACAAUCAGUUGCAGUUUUUGCCUCGAGGGAUACUUAGCAACAACACCAACCUAACAGAACUCUUUCUCUCCAGUAACAAACUUCAGCGCUUGCCGAGGUUCAAAAAUCUCUCCAAGUUAGAAAUAUUAUACAUGUAUAACAACAGCCUCGUACACCUGUCACCUGAUCAGUUCCAAGGCCUGUCCAAACUGGAAGAACUGGCUGUUUAUGAAAACAAUAUCGAAUACCUGCCGCGUGAAGUUUUUAAAGGCAUGAAAAACAUGAUGUCUAUGAGCUUUUAUUUCAACAAUAUCCGUAACAUUACCGUAGAACAAUUCAAAGAUGUCGCCCCAAGUAUUCGAUUCCUGUACUUCCAUUACAACGAAAUGCGAGAACUACCAGAGGGUUUCUUUUCAAACACGAACAAUCUAAUAACUGCGACUGUGGACACCAACCUGAUGUGUUGCCAUGUGACGAAGCAGGACGCAGAUUGCGACUUUGCUUAUGUCGACAGCUUCGCCAGUUGUGAAACUUUAUUCAGAAAUCGAGCCCCUAGGGAGUGCCUCUGGGUGAUUGGAAUUAUGUCGUUGGUUGGUGCUGUGUUUGUCAUUGUGUGGCGGUUGGUGUUUAGGGAGAAGAAGAAGAAAAACAAGAUACAAUCCAUCAUGUUGAUACAUUUGGCUGGGGCUGAUGGACUUAUGGGUGUCUACCUCCUAACUAUAGGUGUGGUGGAUGCC